AUGUCAGUAGUUCUGGGAAUGAGUUCUAUGGGAGAGAGCAUCAGCAAUGAUGAAUCGACAUCACCGUCCAACGCGCUCAAUCGCCGCGUUCGUCCGCCACCAAUAAAUACAAGUAACUCAGAGGAAGGCAGAGUUCCUCUGGGUGGUCGAAAAGUUCAACGCAAGGAGUCGAAAGGUGGUCUUCGAGGAAUUUUCACCCGCAAUAAAUCUGAAAAGAAUGUUGUAUCGUCAGUGUGUGAAGAACACAAGCCAGCUCCAUUGGUCACAUCACCAACGCCACUUUCACCAAAGCUAAUGAGUCCAAUAACAAGCCCGGUGGGAGAUGGGUUCUUUCGGAAGUUUGGUACGGGCAAUGCAGCUGAAUCAUCGUCUCCAACUACACCAGCAACACCAGGGAGAGCCACUAGGACCCCAUCUCGUUUGAAUCUUAGAGCCAAAUCGAUCAUGGACGGCAAAACUGCCGCCAAACCUGCAUCAAAACCCACCCCAAAAACCUCGGUAUUUGAUCCGCCGCCAUUAUUUCAAAGUUAUCCUCAAUCUGUAAAGCAUGCUCGUCUUUCCGCUUUGACUUUAUCAGCCGAUGCCAUUAUCCGCAUGUCUAAUCACAAAAGGAAUACCAGCCUACGAGACGAAAUAGCACAAACAACCGAAAUUGGGCCGGAUGGGAAGAAUAUAACAAUCAAACACAAAAGGCAAAGGUCGGGUUCAAUAUCCAAAGGUGAAUGGACUCAAAAGAUUUUCGUUUUGGUAACUUCAGGUUAUCUUCUACAAUAUCCCGGCGAAGGAAAUUUCGAUCGAUUGCCAGAAAAGAUGAUUCAAUUGGGCAAGGAGUCUGUAGCUUUUGCGUCAGACGUUAUUCCUGGUAAACAUUGGGUAUUACAAGUAUCUCAAUCAAUGAGUGCAGAUGGAGUUCCAACAUCAGAUUCUAGGUCUUUAUUAUCAAGACUUGCAUUCAGAAGUGCAGAUUACCGGAGAAAUGCUACUAGUCUUCUGCUUGUCUUGGAUAGCGCCGAAGAAAUGGAUGCUUGGAUUGCUGUACUGAGGAAAGAAAUUGAAACACUUGGAGGCAAAAAGCAGAUUACGGAAAUUGGAACUAUGAAGACAGAAGAGAACCCACCAGAAUUGAAGAGUCAACCAAGUCAUCGAUAUCUUGGCCAAAGAAGAGGCUCGGACCAAAUCUCUAUUCCAUGCUCACCACAUCGAGCUUCUAGUGAUCGUCGUCCCUCGUGGCAGCAACCAGAAGGGCAAAAUAUAGAAUUGGCUUUACCAUGGUCAACUCCCCGUGAACGUCGUCCUUCUUGGCAGCCAGAAGAACAGAAUAUCGAGGAGAUAUCCUUACCUGAGCCCCUUCCACGCUGGUCACUACACGAAGCCCAAAGUGAAGCAGCUAACAGACCAAUGACAGGAUGCGCAUCAGUUACAAAUAGUUCCAGUUCAUAUGAACAAAAUUCGGAGGGUUUACGGGAUAGUUUUAAUAGAUUAUCAUAUUGCUCAUCCGAUCAACGAACUUACAUUUCGUCUCCAGCAACUUCGCCAACUAGGGAUAGUACCUCUACCAUGGAAGAUUUGCCUCCUUUGUCUCUGGACGCAGUACGAGCAAGGCCGAAUGCUGCAGAUAUCGUUGAACGUAGAAGAUCAUUACAAACACUUCAAGGGGUACGGGAUACUGUAUCUCAAGUAUCAUCUCACCUUCAAAGUCCCCAACAAACCUUGCGACAAUCAAGUUACGGUGUAACUUCCCGAACUAUGAGAAGCCCGUCGCCUGCAACACCAAAUUUUAGCGUACCUGUCUCUUCAACUAAGAGAUUUUCAACUAGGACUCCGGCUGCGGAAAGAAGACCAUCGCUUCCUGCAAUGAAUCUAACCAUGGAGACUCAGAAGAGAAACAAAAAGGGACCUCCAACGGCACUUUCUGUGGCUAGACCGUUAUCUCCUGUUAUGGAUACAACAUCACCGAAACGAGUUCCAAUACCUGUUACCUCUGCAGAAAAUUCACAGCGGCCUUUUCAACGAACUAGAUCAUCGACAGUGGAUACCAAAUUACGCUCUCCAGCACGGUCUCCAAUUGGAAAGCGAUCAAGCAAAGAAUUAAGGUCCGCUCGACGUGUCUCUAGUUUUACGCCAUCAAAUAAUACAUUAGACGUUCGCGACCCAGAUUUACGACGUCACUCAAGUAUGCAGACAGUUCGUCAGACCACACCACCUAUCGAAUCUAAUGGAUCAUGUGUAUUCAAAUUUCCCGAACCACUUUCACCAAAGGUUACUCGAGAUAAAGAUUCGUUACCAACCCUUCAAGAAUCUCUAUUUCCGGCUCAGUCAUUACCAACACUUCCAGAAAUACCUAUCAAGCAAAGUUUACAGCGUCGUCCAAGAAGUAUGCUUGCUUCCUCGGGAUAUCAGCCACCAAUCGCUGAAGAACCAUCAAAUCCUCCACGUCGCAAGCGACAUUCUUCAUCUUUCGCUCCUACAACCCUCUCUUCCCCUCUUAAUCACAAAUCAGGUUAUUCCUCUGGUUUGGUUUCGCCGGGAGGUGGAUCCAGAAGACCUAUCUCAAAUAGACGAAGCUUGCCAGCUCUUAUGCAUGGUGCUCCCCCAGCUCCCCCUCCAGAUUGUGCUUUACCUCCUCUGCCUCCUGGAAGUGCUAUAAGUACUAUCGGAAGAACUAGGGGUACCUCUUUUGUGAAUUCGAGAAGGGAAAUUGGAGUGAAGGUUUAA